GACCCUUGCGCCGGCUGCCUCGGCGGCGGAGCGCGCGCCCGCCCGCGCGCCCUGUCGCCGUUCCCCCCUCUCCUGAGGCAGGCGGGAGGAGGGGGGCCGAGAGAGAGAGAGAAGCCGAGAGAGUGAGAGAGAGCCGCUGCUUCUGCUUCUUUCUCUCCUCAGAGCCGGGCGCGUGGCUUCUUUGUGUGGUGCAGCUGGUUCUGGAGGCAGAGAGAGAGAGAGAGAGGCAAAACCCGGGGGGCUGCCAUUGCAGGGGGGUGGGGAGAGAGAGAGAGAGAAGACUGAGAGAAAGCUUUCGCCCCACUUCUCCAGAGGUGCGAGAGGCUCCCCCUUUUUGCUCCCCCUCACCUUCGCCUCACCUGUGCCUCUCCUUCCCCGCCUUCGGCUCACCUGCCGCUCUGCCCCCUCCCCUCCCCCGUCUCUAUCAUCCCAUCCCUUGUUUGUUUUUGUCCCCCCCUCUCUUUCUCCCUCCUCUUCCCUCCCUCCUUGUCCUCCAGGAAGCUUCGCCUCUUUCCACUUCUCGCAGAUUCCCAAACAACUUGAGCAACGUUCUUCCCUCCAAACCCGGGCACUUUUUUAUUUUUUUUAUUUGGAAGGUGGAUCUAUUGAGAGCCUCUCAGAACUUCGCCCCUUUUUGGACCACACGGACCUCCUCUCUUUAGCUGUUCUUCCAUCCAACACCCCCAUCCUUCCCCACCCCCCUGCCCCAAACAAUCCCCCCCAUCCCUUCAACAUGGAUGUAAGAUUUUAUCCUGCUGCAUCUGGAAGCUCCCUUCCUGGAGACCCUUCCAAUCUGGACUUUGCCCAGUGUUUGGGUUACUACAACUACAACAAGUUCGGCAACAACAAUAACUACAUGAACAUGGCCGAGGCCAACAAUGCAUUUCUCACUGCAAACGAGACUUUUCAGUGGAUGACGGGCAAAGUGCUGAUUUUUGGCAAACAUUCCACACUCCAAGUCUUGGAGAUGAAGAGUUUGAGAUCCCACCAAUUACUCCACCACCUGAACUGGAUCCCACCAACUUAGGGAUGGCAGAUAUACUGUUGCCAUUUCAAGGUCUAAGUGAUCAGUUGGCUGCGCAAGGGAAUGAGUUCACGCCACAGUUUCCACCGCAGAGCUUGGAUCUUCCUUCCAUUACAAUAUCUCGAAAUCUUGUGGAACAAGAUGGUAUCAUCCAAAGCAAUGGGUUACAUAUGGAUCAUAGUCAUACAGAUGUGCCUCAGUAUCGCCAGGACCACUCUUUGAUUAUGAGAUCCAUUGUCCAUAUGACAGACGCUGCUCGUUCAGGAAUUAUGUCACCUAACCAGCUGACCACUAUUAACCAAUCCCAGCUCAGUGCUCAACUGGGGCUGAACUUGGGCGGGACCAAUGUGCCACACACUUCCCCAUCCCCUCCUGCGAGCAAAUCGGCAACCCCUUCUCCAUCCAGUUCUAUAAAUGAGGAAGAUGCGGAGGACUCAAACAGGGCUGCAGGAGAAAAGAGAGCUGCCCCAGAUUCUGGCAAGAAGCCCAAGACUCCAAAGAAGAAGAAAAAGAAAGACCCCAAUGAGCCACAGAAGCCAGUGUCGGCAUAUGCCCUGUUCUUCAGGGAUACACAAGCAGCAAUUAAAGGGCAGAACCCCAAUGCUACCUUUGGAGAGGUUUCAAAAAUUGUAGCGUCUAUGUGGGAUAGCCUAGGAGAAGAGCAAAAGCAGGUAUAUAAAAGGAAAACAGAAGCUGCCAAGAAAGAAUACCUUAAGGCACUUGCUGCCUACAGAGCAAGUUUGGUUUCCAAGGCUGCUGCUGAGUCAGCUGAAGCCCAAACAAUCCGUUCUGUUCAGCAAACGCUGGCGUCUACAAACCUGUCUUCGUCCCUCCUUCUGAAUGCCCCUCUCUCCCAGCACGCGGCUGUGGCCACUUCUCAACAGACUCUCCAGCAGUCGCUCCCCAGGGCAAUCGCCCCCAAGCCUCUAGCAAUGCGGCUGCCCAUGAAUCAGAUAGUUGCCUCGGUCACCAUUGCGCCCAACAUGCCCACAAACAUUUCCACCUCGCUGAUAAGCUCCAUGGGAAGCAACAUGGUGGGCACGUCGGCAUCGGCGCCCUCCCAGGUCAGCCCUUCCUUGCAGAGCCAGCAGCACCAGUUGCAACAGCUGCAGCAGAUGCAGCAGCAGCAGAUGCAGCAGCAGCAGCUCCACCAGCAGCACAUGCAUCAGCAGAUCCAGCAGCAGAUGCAGCAGCAGCAUUUCCAGCACCACAUGCAGCAGCACCUGCAGCAGCAGCACCUGCAGCAGCAGCUGAGCCAGCAGCAAAUUCAGCAUCAGUUGCAGCACCAGCUCCAGCAGAUGCAGCAGCAGCAGAUGCAGCACUUGCAGCAGCAGCAGCAGCAGCAGCAGCAGCACCAGUCGCAGCCUUCACCUCAGCAACAUUCCCCAGUGGCCUCACAGAUCACCUCCCCGAUCCCCAGCAUCGGGAGCCCUCCGCCAGCCCCCCAGCAACACCAGUCCCAAAUACAAACCCAGACACAGACUCAGCUGUUAUCACAAGCCAGUAUUUUCUGAAGAUACAUGUUGCAAAGCUGCUUUGCAUUGUGAAUUAAGCAAAGGGGGACUGUUUACGGCUGGAAACUGUACAUUGCUGAUGGUAGUUAUGCAGGGAUGCAUAACAGAUGAGUGAGCCUCUAAGCUGUCUAUUAGAUAGGCAAUAAAGAACUACAAUGUA